UCAGCCAAGCAGAAUUCAUUCAUUCAGUCGGUGACGGGGUGCGCAAUUCAGCGCCGUUUGUUUGUUUAUCGGAAAAAUCUACGGAAAUGUCACGAAAAAUUACUCCAAUGUUUAACGAUUACCUGUACGGUGCCAUACGAAGGCUUGCCGUGCAGCAGGGUUUUACCGAGGACUUGUUUUCGGUGGAUUUCGACGAGGAAACGCGCCUGGAAUGUGACGGGUUUGUGAGUUUUGUGUUCAAAGUCAUUAUCAAUGGGGACGACCGGGAGUUGGUGCUGUGGUGUAAGGUGCCCCCGAACGAUGACCCACGAUCGUUGGCACUGUUCAAACGCGAGGUGCAUUUCUAUGAGGAAAUUUUACCGGCGAUGUAUGAGUUUCAAAGGGCGAAGGAUGUGAACGAGCAGUCGGACGAGGGAUUUUUCAGUGCACCGAAGUGUUAUCUCGCGCAUUGCGAUACCGAUAAAGCGGAGCCUGAGGCUGUUAUUGUUUUGGAGUAUGACGAGAAUUACGAACGCUGGGAUUGGGAUAAGUUUGAACCGAUCAAUGUGGACCAUGCGAAGCUGUUGUUGCGACAGCUGGGUCGCCUGCAUGCCGUGUCGUUGGCUAUGAAAGCUCAGAAGCCGGAGACAUUCGAAAAGCUGAAGUGUACUCUGGAGGGCAGCAUUGAUUUUGGGACGCUGAUGAAGGAAACGUUCGAUAGGGCUUUGACAACUAUGAAGACCAGAUUUGCUGCUGAUCAGGUGGAAAUUCAGCAGCUGCGAGAGACCAUUUUCAACGAACUGACCAGUUGCGCUAGUGUGGCCAGGGUUGAGGCUUUCAGUGUUAUCAGUCAUGGCGAUUGCUGGAUCAAUAACUUCAUUUUCACUCAUAAUAAGGAAAAAGCAGCUGUUAAUGUCAUCCUCACCGAUUGGCAAUCGAUUCGGUACGCAACCCCGCUAUUGGAUCUUGGCUAUUUCUUUUUCAUUUGCACUAGUAUCGAAUUUCGCAAGAAACACUGGGAGGAACUGCUGAAGCACUACCACAGCGCACUAAGAACUCUGUUGAAUCGCCUGGGUGGAGAUACAGACCGCCAAUUUCCCUUUGCUGCGCUGGAGUGGUUGGCAAAAUCAUUUCGAAUGAUAUUUCCCCAGGAGCAAAUCAGAAAGCACGACGAUGGUAAUGUUAAGUUUGAACCGCCGGUGGAGGUGGACAAAUGAUAUGAAAUAAAAUAUUGGCAUACCUGGCACCGUUAUAAAUUUAACUUUUUUUUAUAUGGGGGGAUGUUUUGUGAUGAAUUAUUUGUUUACUAAUAUUUAUUCAAAAUUUAUUUUGUGUGUUCUGCCACAAACGGU